AUGAUGCGACUGAUGGAUACGAUUACGGAGAAGCCCCAAUGGGAGGAAAAGGUCUUCAAUGAUGAGAUCACAGGCAAAUGGCGACGCGAGAUCGCGGACAGUGACCAAGAUGUGUCGCCCAAGAUGAUGGACUGGAUCAUCAAAGAGCUCCAGUGGAAGGCCAAACAGCUAGAAGAGAACGGGUACAUCCUGGUGUUUGAUGCUGGCGUCAUCAAGUCUGAUAGCGCCAUUCCCGAGGAUGUCAGAGAGGCGCUGAAACAGGCAGUGCAGCCACUCGAAAAUAUCCCCGAAGACCAAAAAGACUUUCACCCAGGCACCGAGAAACAAGUCGUGGAUUUAGUUCACCCUUCAUUGUUUCCAGUCAUCUUUGGACGCACCAGAGUCCUUGCAGACAGGACCAUCGGACUCCAAGACUGCCUGAGCAGCGUUGGGGAAGGAGAUCUCCUCACCUCCGAGCCACUUCCAGACCCCACGGGAUUGCAUGAAUUAGCUUACAGCAAACGGUUCCAAUGGCUCCCAUGCGACGUGGAACUUCUCAAUGACACUUGUCACAUCGUGUCAUAUAUCAACAACGCCCACCCGAUUCAUCACAAGAACCUGUAUGGAGUCAUUGAGCAAAUCAUCAGUCGAGCUCUUCCGCUAUGGAAUCAGAGUCUGUCGGAGAUCAUCGAUCCACGCAUCGAGUAUAAAGGAGUGGAGUAUGGCCCGCAUCCGCCGGAGCCGGAAGAGUCCGAUGGGGAAGACCACGACGAAGAAGCCUUCGAUGAGAUUCAUCGGCAGUGGCGGAAAGCUCGUCCUAUCAUCCAACCAGAGCCCGGAGACUUCGAGCCCCCAGUGACGUUCGAGGAUCUCGAUUUACGAGCACACUUCUGGAACACAAAGCUCCAAGUCAUUGUGAAGCUAGCGAACAUUGACUUGAAUCCAAGCAACCCCACGUACAAGGGAGGCUCGUGGCAUAUUGAAGGGCAGCUAAAUGAGCGCAUCUGCGCUUCCGCGAUAUACUAUUACGACUGCGAAAACAUCACAGAAAGCAAGCUCGCAUUCCGACAGCGCGGACUCAACGAAAUGGUUGAUCUGAAAUAUGAACAAAAUGAACAUCAAUUUCUCCAGACGGUCUAUGGCUUCAGCGAUGACAUUUGGGGUGGCUUCAAUAAUAACAUCACCCAGGAACUUGGAGCGGUGACAUGCAAAGAAGGUCGACUUCUGACCUUCCCCAACACUGUCCAGCACCGAGUCUCCCCAUUCUCGUUGGCUGAUCCGUCUAAACCGGGUCAUCGCAAAAUCCUUGCGCUCUUCCUGGUGGAUCCGCAUCGACGCAUUAUUUCCUCGGCCAAUGUUCCCCCGCAGAGGGAAGACUGGGGCUAUGAGAAAGAGCAGGCCGUGGGCCAAGUACUAUCACGAUUACCAAGAGAGCUCCAGGAUGUCAUUCAAGGGGAUUCUAGUCCAUUGAUGACCAUGGAAGAAGCGAAGGAAUAUCGACUGGAGCUUAUGAAGGAACGUGGACUCAGCUCAAAGGAGAACAACGAGAAUUUUGAGAGUGGUAGCUUUAGUCUCUGUGAGCAUUAA